GUAGAAAAAUUUUAUUUAUUUCACGGCACCACAGUGAAUCACUACACCAUAAAUAUGCAUAAAUAUAUAAUUUGUUUUGGUUUUUUACUAAUUAUUCUGGAAUGUUCGUUGGCGUCAUUUAACUGCUCAGCACCGCCGAAUUUCAAUAACUUUGAUAUCAACACUUGCUGUCGCACUCCGGAAUUGGAUAUGGGUGAUGUGCCCCAGAAGUGCCACAAAUAUGUGAGUGGCUUAAAGUCGGCGAACUCCAAGUAUCCCAGCUAUGCUCAUCUGUGCUAUCCUGAUUGCAUUUAUCGCGAGACGGGUGCCAUGGUCAAUGGAAAGAUUAAAGUGAACAGAGUUAAGCAGUACUUGGAAGAGCACGUUCAUCGGCGGGAUCAGGAAAUUGUUUCUCACAUAGUGCAAUCCUUCGAAUCCUGUCUGUCGAACGUUAAAGGUCACAUGAAGUCAUUGAACAUUGAGUCGUACAAAGUGCUGCCCCAUGGCUGUUCCCCCUUUGCCGGAAUCAUAUACAGCUGUGUGAAUGCCGAGACUUUUCUCAAUUGCCCCCAGCAAAUGUGGAAAAACGAGAAACCCUGUAAUUUGGCCAAGCAAUUCGCCGAGCAGUGCAAUCCACUGCCUCAUGUUCCGUUGCCCAGCAGCUGAUGCUACAUAUAGAUUGAUUUAUCCAAUGUAAACAACACACAUUUAAAGUAAAAGUUUCGUCCAUUAAGUUUAAUCUGUCGCUAGCCUUUUGAAUGGCAUUCAUAUCCGAC